AUGCUGGCGUUUUGGGCAAAGAAGACGGCCAAAACCUUCGUUUUCCAGUUUAUUCUGCAGCGGAGAGUUGGUGGCAAACCUGAGCAACUAGCGAGACAACUUCCGAGAACUCUGCACCACGCUGCUUCUCUGUCGCGACGAUUUUCGACCACUGCGGACGGGCCUGGAUUGCCUGCACACUUAGUGUAUAAGCCUGGGAGCAUAAACGAUUCUGCGACUCUGCUGUUGGUGGCCCGCAGCGCCGCCCAGAGCAAUCAUGCAGAUCCUCAGUUCUGGAGGCAGUGCAGUUUACACGCUCAGCGGCUUCUGGGGAGCGACGCGAAACUUCAAGAUUUGGCAUCCUUUGCAGUUGCUGCCGUAUCUGUUCGUCACCACGACAAUGAGCUCAUGUACAAUUUGGGUGACAUGGCUGCGUCUGCAGCUCAGCAAGGAUUGAUUGACGGUGAAAGCCUCGUCUUGGUGCUUCUUUCGCAUGCGCAGCUGCGGCUCCGCAAUGAUCGUGUCCUGAGAGCCCUUGAAGCCGCACUUUUCGAGCUUCUUCGGCAAUCGCGUGCCACUGCAGAAUGCCUCUCCAGCUCUCUGCUCUCGCUGGCAGAAAUGCACGUGGAAGGAUGCUUACCGCAAGACCUUGACGACAGUAGUAGUCAAUCGGGCAGUCGAGCUGAACUUAUUGAUGGGGCAGCAAGAGUCGCUUUGGAGCACCUCUCGUUCUUCACGCUGCCCCAGAUGUGCAAGCUACUGAAGGCAUUUAUGUGCUUCAGGAUGCGAGGUGACCGUCAAGUGUCGGCUUUGCUGUUGGGGAUCGGUGAUGCGCUCGGGCGCCAGCCCAAUGCUUUAACCGCGGGCGACUGCGCAUGUGCAGCGAAGGCUUUUGCCGUCGUGCGAGUCCAUCAUGAAAGGAUGUUUGCCACAUUGGCCGGCAGGCUCCGAGACAAGGAUAUCCGAGGUGGACUCACACCAGCAGAGCUGUCAGAUGUUCUUUACGGCUUUGCGAAGUUUACGAGCCAAGAUACUGCCCUGCUAGACUUGCUCUCAGUUCAGGUGCGGCGUCAUUUGCAUGCCUUGGACGUUUCUUUGAUGAGCUCUACCCUGGCUUCUCUCGCAAAAGCCGGCAUCAGCUGUCCUGUUCUGACUGGCCGAGCCGUCCAGAUGCUCCGCCGGCCCACGGUCACGACGGCAGCAGAAAGUCAGGAAGUCACUCACCGUCACCUGUGCGAUCUGACACAGGCCACCAUUGCUGAGCUUUCGGCACUGACGAUGGCAUUUGGAAAGUUUCAAGUCAGAGAUUCUCAAUUGUAUGAAACUCUUGCGGAUCUGUUUAUGGCUAGCAAAAGCGAGAGCAGUGACACAAGGGCUAUUGCAAUCUUGGAUUCGCCAUCGCUCAUCAACAUCAUACAUGCUUUUGCCAAGGUUCACAUUGCCCCUGCGAGGCUGUUCAGUGCAGUGCUUGGUUCUUUGGUAGCAAGGCCUGAAGAAGAGCUGACUACGCGCGAUGCGGUGAAACUCUUACAUGCACUAGCCAAAGUUGACUACGAGAUGCCACUCGGCUUCCGACAGAAGAUCUUGCGAGUGCUCGGCCCUGGUGGCUUGGGAGAGCUCGGGGUCUUUGAGUUGUUGAAACUUGCCGCUGCUUCGCGAAAGCUGGGUGUGGAUAUAGACGCGCUGGAGACCCAGGUUGGUGCAGUCCUACCUAACGAGCCACAGUCGCUGACCCGGGAAUCCCUGCAGCGACGCCCUGCGGUCAAGAAGGUCCGUAGGAAAAGUGCAAGAAAGCAGAAGUGGACCUGGUAG